AUGCCAGAGAUCGAGAUUGUCGCUGACGGCGGCGAUAACAGCAACAACGCCGCCUUGUUCGGCAAAUACGAGCUCGGGAAGCUCCUUGGAUGCGGCGCCUUCGCCAAGGUCUUCCACGCUCGCGAUCGACGUUCCGGCCAGAGCGUCGCCGUAAAAGUCCUCAACAAGAAGAAGCUCCUCGCGAACCCAGCCCUCGCCAACAACAUCAAGCGCGAGAUCUCCAUCAUGCGGCGUUUGUCUCACCCCAACAUCGUUAGGCUCCACGAGGUGAUGGCGACGAAGGGGAAGAUCUUCUUCGCGAUGGAGUUUGUUAAAGGAGGAGAGCUUUUCAUCAAGAUCUCCAAACACGGCCGUCUCAGCGAAGAUCUCAGCCGCAGAUAUUUCCAGCAAUUGAUCUCAGCCGUCGGUUACUGCCACGCACACGGCGUUUACCACCGCGAUCUCAAGCCGGAGAAUCUACUGAUCGACGAGAACGGGAAUUUGAAGGUUACCGAUUUCGGUCUCAGCGCCUUGACGGAUCAGAUCCGACCCGACGGUCUCUUGCACACCUUGUGCGGCACGCCUGCUUACGUGGCGCCGGAGAUUCUCUCCAAAAAGGGAUACGAAGGCGCAAAGAUCGAUGUGUGGUCGUGUGGCAUCAUCUUGUUUGUUCUCGCCGCCGGUUAUUUGCCGUUUAACGAUCCGAAUCUGAUGAACAUGUACAGGAAGAUUUACAAAGGGGAGUAUCGAUGUCCUCGAUGGAUGUCUCCGGAUCUGAAACGAUUCAUUUCUCGUCUCCUCGAUAUCAAUCCCGAGAAGAGGAUCACCAUCGAUGAGAUCCUGAAGGAUCCUUGGUUCGUGAAAGGAGGACUUAAACAGAUGAAAUUCCACGACGGGAUCGAUAAGGAUUCCGAUUUCGUCAAGGGAGGCGAUGUUAAUUUCGAUGAGAAAGGAGGAGGAGGAGGAGGAGAAUCGGAAGCGGUGAAGAGCCUAAACGCGUUUGAUCUGAUAUCUUACUCAUCGGGAUUAGAUCUCGCCGGUUUGUUUUCCAGCAAUUCGGUUGGAGAAUCGGAGAGGUUCGUCUCGGAGAAAUCGCCGGAAGCGCUUUCGGAGGAAAUCGAAGGAUUCGCAAAGGCAGAGAAGCUGAGGGUGAAGAAGAAGAAGGACGAAUAUGGGUUCGAAAUGGAAGGGCAAAACGGGAAAUUCAUAAUCGGGAUAUACGUUUCGCGGCUGAACGAUCUGCUAGUGGUGGUGGAGGCGAGGCGGAGAGGUGGCGACGCCGAUUGCUACAAGGAAAUGUGGAAUAACAAACUCAGGCUUCAGCUUAUUCGCGUUUGCGAUCAAACGCCAACCACUACUAUUUAA